GCUCUGGCCCUGGGCCUCGCUGCCCUCGUCCCUGCUGUCAGCCAUCCAGCGAGCCCUCCAUCCUUCGCUCGCUGUCAGCCGCCGCCGGGCUCCCUUGCCUCCCUCUCCGGCCCCAGAAGCCCCGCCGAGGCCAGGAGCAGGAGGACCAAGGCAGGAAGGCAGGCAGGAAGGCAGGCAGGGGCCAUGGCGGAGUGGAGCCCAGCCCAGGCUCUUCAGUGGGACAUGGAGGCCCAGCCCAUGGCGGCAGCUGCCCAGCCCCUUAGCAUCUCUGAGGCACCCCCCAUGGGGGACAUGCUUCCUGAAACGGCAGAGCUCUCUCUGACGGUGGUUGCCGAAAUCCAGGCUGUGGAGAGCAAGGUGGAUUCUUAUGCUGCCCAGCUCAUGAGCCUGGAAGGGAGAAUGGGAAUGGCCGAGACAAAGCUGGACGGCUGCGAGAAGACGGCCGUGGAGUUCGGUAACCAGCUGGAGAGCAAGUGGGCUGCCCUGGGCACCCUGAUCCAGGAGUAUGGACAGCUCCAGAGGCGGCUGGAGAACAUGGAGAACCUGCUCAAGAACCGGAACUUCUGGAUCCUCCGAUUCCCUCCUGGCUCCAAGGGGGAGACCCCCAAGGUCCCUUUGCUGUUUGAUGACACCUCCUGUAGUUUCUCUGAGGAAGAGUGGCGGAGUUUGGAUGAAGGGCAGAAGGACCUAUACCGGCAUAUCAUGAAGUGCAACUACAAGGCUGUCGUCUCCAUGGAUGCCGCCAUUUCCAAACCUGAUUUGCUCUCUCGAAUUGAACAAGGAGAUGUUGGUGAUCAGAGAGACUGUGAGGAAAGAGAACCCCUGAAAGAGUCCACUCUGGGCUCCCCAAUUUCUGCCCUCAAUGAUAGUUCCUGGAUGGAACAGGAGGAGAUGUCUCUUGUCAAAGGCAUGGGGGAUUUGGAAGAAAGAGAAAUGCCUGGUGACUCUGCCAUGGGUGCUCCACAGCUUCUGGAGGAUGAUCCCGAAAGCUUAGAACUUCCUGGCAUGUUCCCCAGAAAAUGGACAGAGGUUUUUCAGGGCCCGGGUGAAGAACUGCUCUGCGAGAGCCAGCCCAUCUCGGUCACUCCACUGAGAAAGCCUCCAGGAAACAGCCUGCGACGGUCCACUCGCUGCAUGGGGGACUCAAAGAAGGAAGCGGCUUCCACAUUAGCGGUGGAAGCUCACACUGGCCCAUACAUCUGCUGCGAAUGCGGGGAAGGAUUCUUGGACAAGCAGCUCUUCACCAGCCACCAAAAGAGUCAUGGUGGAGGAGGCAGUUACCCAGCCCUAGACCCUGGAGGGGGCUCAAAGGCCAGGCCUGCUCCUUUGGUCCUCCAGAGAGCUCCGACUACAGCCCGGGCCAGAGCUCCCAAACGUCCCGAGCCCCAGAGGAGUCCUGCUGUCCGGACUGGGACUGGGAAACGCCCAGGGAAUCACAUGGUGGAGCGUCCAUACACUUGUACUCAGUGCAAAGAGAGCUUCAAAUUGGAGGUGAGUUUGCUCCUUCAUCAGAAACUCCAUACAGGAAAAGGCGAUGGGCCCCUGACCUGCACCUACUGUGGCAAAGACUUCCGCGACCUCUCCAAAGCUGUCCGGCACCAGCGGAUCCACACGGGUGAGCGGCCCUACCAGUGCACUGAGUGCGGGAAGAGCUUCAUCCGGCGAGAUCACCUCCUCAAACACUGGCGUGUCCACACUGGCGAGACCCCUUACCAGUGUGCCACCUGUGGGAAGAACUUCCGCUACAAGGAGUCUCUGAACUGCCACCAGAAAAUCCACACCCGCAACCCCAUGACGACGACGCACCACUUUGCCCUGGGGACCCCCACCAGCCUCCUGGGCUUGAAGCAAGAGCAGCCGUAUCAGAGCUGGCAGAUGAGCCAGUCAGCUGACUCACAGUCCGUGGUAUAUGCAGAACGCUCCUCCGACACCAAAGCUCAAAUACUGUGCGCAGCUCCUCCUCCUGCUCCUGCUGCUGCUCCAGGCAGCUCCCUCUUCCUUCCUUCCUUUUCCUUUCUCGAAUCGCGACCCAGAAUUCGAUCCAGGGAUUUUCCUGCAGCAGCAGCUGCUGCUUCUUCUCCUCCUCCUCUUCCUUUUGCAAGAGCAGCCAUGGCCGCAGCCGCCCAAUGGGGGACCCCCUCUGACCAGGGUUUGGAUUGGCGCAUGGCCCCCUUGCCACCCGCCUACUUCCGUCCCAAGGGCCGGUGCGACUUGGAUGAAAAGGAUGAAGCAACAGCCCACCGCCAGGCCACAGAAAUCUCCCUCUGGACGGUGGUGGCUGCCAUCCAGGCGGUGGAGAGGAAGGUGGACCUCCAUGCGGGGCGUCUCCUGAGCCUGGAACGGAGGACCGGCUCAGCUGAAAAGAAGCUCUCCGGCACGGACAAGACACUGGCAGACUUCAGCAAUAGCCUGACCGCUCUGGGGACCCUCAUCCAGGAGUAUGGGCAGCUCCAGAAGAGGCUGGAGAACAUGGAGAACCUGCUCAAGAACCGGAACUUCUGGAUCCUCCGGCUCCCUCCGGGCUCCAAGGGGGAAACCCCCAAGGUGCCGGUGACUUUUGACGAGGUUUCCGUCUGCUUCUCCGAGCGAGAAUGGGAGAACCUGGCCGAGUGGCAGCGGGAGCUCUACAAGAACAUCAUGAGAGGGAACUACGAAUCCCUGGUCUCCAUGGAUGACGCCAUUGCCAAGCCUGAGGUUUUGUCCCGUAUCGAACGUGGGGAGAAAAUGUGUAUUGAGGACCAGGGCCGUUCAGAGGAAGAAGAGGCCACUGGGGAAAUCAGCACAGAAUUCCCAGCAACUGUCAAUGACAACAUGGUCACGUUUAUCCAACGCGAAGUUGUUCCAUCUAUGAUGGACAAGUGGGAUGCAGCAGAACAGGGAGCUCCCACAGACAACAGCCCUGAUGCUGCCCACUUUGCCCGCUCUCCUCCAAGGGCCGAGACAAGGACCGGAGACAUGGUGGUCUAUAGCACCCUCCCGGAAGCACCGGAUCGGACCAUCUUUCACGUCCCAGAGGAAGGCUUGGCGUGUGUGGAUGGGCAGCCAAUUGGCAUUGGAAGCCUGGAUGAGGCGUCCGAAUGCCGGCGAGACUUUAGCGACUUCACCACCAUCAUUGUCCAGGAAGGGGCCCUCCCUGGUGAGGCCCCGUACGUUUGCCCCGAAUGCGGGAAAAGCUUCCUGUACGAGGAACAGCGGGCGCUGCAUCAGCAGACCCACCCACAAAACUCUCCAGAAGCUCCCGGAAGCCCCGCUAUGAACCUGCAGCCUGACGGGAAGCUUUACGCCUGUCCUGAGUGCGAGCGGUGCUUCCCUCACCAGGCCAGCCUCAGCAAGCAUCGCCUGUGGCACUCGGGUGAGCGACCCCACACUUGCGCCGAGUGCAAGAAGAGCUUCCGGCUGAAGAUCAACCUUCACCUCCACCAGCGGACUCACGCAGCCGGCGCCAAGGUCGGGUCCUACAUCUGUGGGGAGUGUGGCCGGGGGUUCAACCACCACUCCAAUUUCCUCCGUCACCAGAUGAUCCACACAGGGGAGAGGCCAUACGCCUGCGGCGAAUGUGGGAAGACCUUCAUCCGUAAGGAGCACCUGGCCACCCAUGGGCGCCUCCACACUGGCGAACGGCCGUACCAGUGCCCUCUCUGCCAGAAAAGCUUCACCCGGAAGCAGCAUCUGGUGGGGCACCAGCGUCUCCAUGAGGCCGAGACAGUAUGGCUCGAACACGGCCUGCCCCAGAGACCCCCUCAGGGCCCGCGGGGCAGGAUGAAGGCACAGACUGAAGACGGGGUGUCCCAUCUGAGACCAGAGAUGUUCCCCACAUAAACAUUUGGCUAGACUGGAGAGCCCUUGCUAGGACAGAGAUUUGGGGGCUGGAGAAGUUGGGUGACGGCAGUGGCCCUCUUGGGCUGCCCCGUUGGGUCAUUUCCGACAACGCCAUAAGGAGAGAUUGCUAGUUUUUUCAGUCUACAGAUCCCAGAAUCUCCCAGGCCACUGGCUGUUUCUGAUUAUGGGAGUUGUAGUCCAAAGAAAGGAACUAUCCCAGAGGAUGACCAGGUGUCCUAACCACCAAGUAGGACAAGGCACUGCAAAAUGGAAAAGAAAACGGAGGAUGUUAUCAAAUAAAAGCUAAAAAUACUCCUAUCAAUAUAAAGGUUUGCUUCUUAGUCAUGCUUGAAAUGGAGAACAUUUUAGGAUUCCUCCUGGACAGAAGUUUGAAAUGGAGGACAUGUCCCAGAAAAGGAGGGCAUCUGGUCACCCUUCUUCUCCAAGAUCCUGCCAACCUGAUGUUAUUGACUGGGGGAUUCUGGGAGUUGCAGUCCAAAGACAUGGGGCAAAUUAGCAGACUUUGUGGGUUAGUGGUUUCUUUUGCCUUCUCACAGAAAUUCAGAUUUCUGGCCACUUUCGUGACUUUGCUGUAUGAUGUUUGCUAAAGCCAAGAAAAUAAUGGUCUUCUGUGUAGGUUUUUUUGGGUGUUAUCUCUGAGUGGUAAAGUGCUGGAUCUGCUUCUUGUCUUUCUCUGUGUCUUUUCUUGAAACAGGCUUUUAGUCCAAACUAUGAUCCUUGCUGCCUAGUCUGCUCUCACCCUCAAACACCCUUUGCCCUGGUAAAGUAUAGAAAUAAAUAUUGCCCCUGUAUCUGUAGGGGAUAUGUUCCUGGGACUUAACAUUUGUAAACGAAAGUGUGGAUAACAGCAAAGCCCCAUAUAAUGCAAUAUAAUUGCACUGGAGGAUCUAAAAAAUGCCUAGAGUGGAUGCCUUUCUAGGCAUCUGGAGGUCCUGCAGUGUGACUCUAUGGCCAAAUUCCUAUGGAAAGUUAACCAUAGAGUCACACUGGAAGACCUCCAGAUGUCUAGAGACCUUUUAAAGUGAAACUACUUUUAUUGAUAUUGUGGAUAUGUUUUAUGGUUUUAUCUCUGAAUGGUAAAGUGCUGGACUUGCUUGAUGGCUUUCUCCAUGUGUUUCUUGAGAUA